GCAAUGAAGUGGAAGUAGUGGGUGGAAGAAGGAGAAAGAAAAAGAAACGACAGCAAAGAAAGAAAUAGAGUUUGGGGAAAAAGAGUAGUCAGUUGUUGUACUAGUCCUGUUUUUUUAGUUUCAAAAUCCUUUUAUUUUGUGGUAUAUAUUUUUUUGGUUCGGGGUUUUCAGCGAACGCUUCAACCGCAAUCUCCUUUCCACUCCUCCCUCUCUCGCAAAAAGAUGUAUAGCUGAAGAAGAAGAUUGAGAAGAGGAGAAAGAAUUAAAAGAAGAUCAAAUCAUCAAAAUGAGUGCGUCUAGGUUUAUAAAAUGUGUUACGGUUGGUGAUGGUGCUGUUGGAAAAACUUGUAUGCUUAUUUCUUAUACCAGCAAUACUUUCCCUACGGAUUAUGUGCCAACAGUUUUUGAUAAUUUCAGUGCAAAUGUGGUUGUUGAUGGGAGCACGGUUAAUCUAGGACUAUGGGAUACUGCUGGGCAAGAAGAUUACAAUAGAUUAAGACCUCUCAGUUAUCGUGGAGCGGAUGUUUUCCUGUUGGCUUUCUCUCUUAUCAGUAAGGCGAGCUAUGAAAAUGUUGCCAAAAAGUGGAUUCCAGAAUUGAGGCAUUAUGCACCUGGUGUUCCGAUAAUUCUUGUUGGGACAAAGCUUGAUCUUCGAGAUGACAAGCAGUUCUUUGUUGACCACCCCGGAGCAGUACCCAUUACCACGGCUCAGGGAGAGGAACUGAAAAAGGUGAUCGGAGCUCCUGCAUACAUCGAAUGUAGCUCAAAAUCGCAGCAGAAUGUGAAGGCAGUCUUUGAUGCGGCCAUCAAAGUAGUGCUCCAACCUCCCAAGCAAAAGAAGAAGAAGAAGAAAGCUCAAAAAGGAAACUGUUCCAUUCUGUAAUUGGAGCAAUAUUGCGAUAACCCUGGAUUUUCAUGUGUUUAUUCUCUAAACAAUUAAGCAAAGAUUAUGUUUUUGUAUGCGCUUGAAUAUCAAAAAUUUGGUCAAAUUUCCAUCA